CCACGUAUGGUCAAAACCACACACUUUCACACAGUGGAAAUAACUAUACACACUAGUUCACUAACACACUAAUGUAAUUGGUCUCAGAAUACUUCCUUACUCCCCCUUAAAGCUCUUCAGUGUGAAAGUGCUUUCACUCUAGAGGAAAUACAGUAAACCCAAGUAAUACAGCAGUGUGUCGCACAAAAUCCUCAUGAUUGUAAUUGGAUUUCUUUGCAUCCUUUUUAUUUUCCCUCUAAAAGCGGAAUUUCAUACCACACAUGUAUAUGUGGAGGAAGGAAAGGCAGUGACUUUAAAAUGUGUGUUUCCUGAUGAUGACGAGUCUCCCCUGCAGUGGUUGACUUCAAGGGGCUUUGUUGCUUUUUUUAACAAUCAGAAAGUAUUAAAAGACAGAAGAUAUGGGCUAGUUCACUAUUCAAAGAAUGAGCUUAUUAUCCGCCUAUCAAAUAUAACAAUGCAAGAUGAGGGCAUUUAUACAUGUUUGUUCUAUAGCUCUCCAUUGCAGAACAAGACUGUCAAUAUCACUGUAUUAGGUAUUCCAUCUAAGCCUGUGGUGGGUUUCUAUCGAAUUGCUGGAAAAAGUCCAGAAAAUCAUAUCAUCCUAAACUGUUCCACCUCUGGAAGUAAACCUCCUCCUAAAAUAUCCUGGUUGAUUGAUGACAGCAUGGAAGUGUUUGGUAAAACUAAACACAGAUGUGAAAGUAAUGGGAAAACAUGUAAUACCACCAGUACUUUACGGAUCAAAUCUUUUAAAAGCAGUGCAACAGUGAAAUGUAUAGUAAGGCACAAAGCGCUACGAGAUGGGAAUCUUACCACGUCUUUCAUUUUCCAGAAUCUAUCACACACAAGAGAAGCAGAAGUCACUUCAAGGAACUUAAUUGCCUCUCAGUUUCCUUUUCCUAUAACUGCGACUGGGAAUACAGCAAUAAAUGAAGAGCAAACAAGAACCAGAGAUGAUAAAAUCAGUACAGCCAUUUAUACUACGAGAGAGAAUGCAUCAUUGUCUCCAUUCUUCAAUCAAAAUACAUCUAAUACUGUGGAAACAACUGCCAGUUAUAAUGAAACCAGUCACAAUUCUUCUAUCACAUAUGCAACAUCCACUUCAUUGCAGUUCACAGAUGGAAAUACAGCAAAACAUGAUAAGAAAACAACAACCAAUUAUACUACAAAAGAGCAAAAUUUUUCCAGUUCUUACAUGGAAACAACAACCAGUUAUAAUAAAGCCAGCAAUCAACCUUUUACAUCAGAUUUUGAAGUUUCUGCAAGGACAUCAAAUGCUGUUCUUAUCUGGGUUUCAGUCACCCUUAUGAUUUCGUUUUUGAUGAUCAUAGUCAAUCUUUUUUUCCUGAAACUGAAAAAGGCACAUGCCGAUUGGAAGAAAGAAAAUGAAACAUCUGACCAGACAUUGGAAAGCACAAAAUCUAGAUCAAACAAUGAAGAUGCUACAAACCAACAGAGAAAUGGCCAUGUUGGUAAACAAGGAUCUAUAAUUCAGUACAACAAGGAACCAAGUGUUUAAUGAUGAAACGUUACCCGUUAAUGGAAACGUUAAUCGCUUCGACUGUGAACAUGGCAAACAUUUACACCACUGUUUGGAUAACUUUAUUCAAAUGUGAUUUUGUAUAUAGUGAUGUACAGUUACUGUAGAUAUCUUAUAGAUUUUAAUAAACUUUUUCUUAUUAAA